UUCUACACCAAAAUCUCAUGCCUUUUUUAUUUGGAUUUUUUGUGAUAGGUUAAGAUUUCAAAGUUAUACAAAUUAAAUAGUCAUGCUUUAUUAAAUGAAAGGUAUUUACCGCGCAUGCACACAAAAUGACUUCAAUAACUCGUUUAUUUGUGGGCAAUCUUCCGGAAAAUGCAAAUGAAAAACUUAUACUGAAUGCAUUUUCUUCUUACGGAGAUGUAACUAACAUUGAUAUCAAGUGUAAGCCUGAUCCAGAGAGUGAUAAAAAACGAUUUGCUUUCGUUACUCUUUCCACAUCUGAAAAUUAUAUUGAGUCAUGCUUAAAGCAUUUUUCUAAUGAAGAUUUUCUUGGUAAUAGACUAUAUGUGACAAGAGCUCGGGAAAGUUUUUUAGAAAGGUUACAAAGGGAAAGAGAACAAGCACAGGGAAUUAAAAAGCCCUCUGCAGAGCCUGCUCAAAAUGAUUUUAGCACAAGAAAUGAUCAUGUCUUUGAUCAAAACAGAAAAAAUAAAAGAAAAUUUUUAAAUGAUGAUGAUUUGCAUAGUAAUGAUAUAGUACAUUUGCAAAGUAAUAAAAUAACAAAAACUGAUAAUUAUGAAAAAAAUAUUAAGCAGACACCACAGAUAAAUAACGUAAAUAAUAUAACAGAUAAACCUGGAGAUAAAAAGCAGGAGUCAGAAAAGAAAAGGUUAGAAUCUAUGAAAAGAAAAAGACAAGAAUUUAAGGAAAAGAAAUUGAUCAUUAAAACCGGUCUUACAGGAAUUGAUAAAGUAUCAAACAAAAAGAUAAUAUUUACUGACACGGGAGAAGAAAAUAUUUCUGUAAAUGGAUCAUCUAGUAUAAGUAAUGGACUCGAAAACAGAAAUAACUUGUUUGACGAUGAGGAUAGUGAUGAUGGUAUCAAUUUUAAUAUAAAGGAACAAUUUGAGGGCAAAAAAGGACAAAAGGUACUUGAUUUACAAUCCAGAUAUAAAUCGGACAAACGGUUUGUACUAGAUGAAAGAUUUGCAGAUGAAUCAGAUGAAGGUGAUGCCGUAGCAAGUGAGAAACAACUUGAAGAAGAUGAAACUGUUGAGUUAGAACGGGCUGACGAAAAGAGCAAACAAGUAAAAAUAUUACAAGAUGUCUUGGGUGUUGCUAUUCGAUCUAACCACACGAAACCACAAGACUCUUCUAGUAAAACAAAGGCAAAGCUUGGGAUGUUACGAUUUGAUCCCUUACAACCUGAUCAUGCAAAGUUCUUAGCACCAGUAGAACCAAAAGAAGAAGUUUCAAAGAAAUCUAAAAAGAAGAAAUCCAAAGACAAGGAAGAAAUACCAGAAUAUCAACCAGUGGUGGAAGUGGAGAAGGUUGAAGUGUCGAAGGAACAGUUUUACGAAGUCAGCGAUGUUUUAAAGGAAGCUAUUGCACAACCAACAUCAUUUAGUUUACGUAGCUUGUUCUCUAAAAGGGAACCUACUGAAGAAGAAACACCAAAUGACACAGAAGAAAGCAUACCAUUAGUGAAAACUAAAGAUAAAAAAGUAAAACAUCCCUUGGAUCCUGGUGAAAAAAAUCCCUUUGUGUAUGAUUCUUCGGAAUCUGAAGAUGAAGGUGAACCACUUCAUAAAGAUACACUUAUAACAGAGAAAGUUGAACCAAAGGCUGUUUGGAGGGAAAAUUUAUUUUUGUCCCUGUCCUUUGAUAACAGAUUGAAAGAGGGUUUAGAAUUCUUUAACCAGCCUUUAGAAGGCGAAAUCCCGAAAGAAAGGCGGCAAUUGAAAUCAGUUAUGAAAAAGCGACUGUACAAUAAAGAGCGUAAAAACAAGAUGUUCCAGAAAAAGAUUGGUGGGCGAAAGAAGACUAUGAAAAAAAGUUAUAAUAAGAAAAGCUGAUCUUGUAAUAUAUUUGAAAUAAAACAGUUGAAUUCA